GUCACCUACUGCUUCAGAAAACGGCUCCCAAGCAGCAGAGAUUGCUUCUGCCUAGUCAGUUGUGACUGAAGAGAUUGCCUAGGGCUAUAUUUAGGGCUCGAAGCACCCAAAUUGGAAUCAAGUCCCAUCAAAACAGAGUGGGAGUUGGGGGGAUUACCCAGAAGGCAUUGUAAAGAGUAGGGAACCAACCCCCAUGUUACCUGAAGAACAGCAAGGACCUGCCAUCAGUUCAGCCAUGGAAGAAACGUACCUGCUUAAUGUGGAAGGAGUAAAGAAAAAGAUUUUACACGGAGGCUAUGGGCAGCUGCCGGAUUUCAAAGAGGGAAGCAAGAUCAUUUUCCACUUCCAGACACUGAUGGACAACUUUGAGCGAACGGUCAUAGAUGACAGUCGUGAGUUUGGAAUCCCCAUGGAAAUCAUUGUGGGGAAGAUGUUCAAAAUCGAAGUGUGGGAGACCCUGUUGACUUCCAUGAGGAUCGGCGAGGUGGCAGAGUUCUGGUGUGAUCCUGUUCACACUGGUAUGUAUGCCUUGGUUUCCAAAAGCAUGAGGAAAAUUGCUGAAGGCAAGGACCCUCUGGAGGGGCAGAAGCAUCGCUGUGGGAUGGGCAACAUGUUUGAUUACCACAGCACAGGCUACACAGACCUGGAUGAACUGCUGAGAACACCUCAGGCCCUUAUCUUUAUCAUGGAGCUUUUCAAAGUGGAAGACCCUUCUGCAUACAAACGUGACACAUGGGCCAUGAACAGAGAAGAGAAGCUGGCUGCUAUACCAAAGUUGCACACUGAGGGAAACCGGCUGGUCCUGGCCCGGAAAUUCAAAGAGGCAGCGGAGAAGUACCAGGAAGCUGUCAUCUGCUUGCGCAAUAUUCAGGCCAAGGAGAAGCCAUGGGAAGAGGAGUGGCUGCAGCUGGAAAAACUCGCUACCCCACUUGUGCUGAACUAUUGCCAGUGUCAACUGGAGCUGGGGGAAUAUUAUGAGGUGUUGGAGCACACUACUGAUCUUCUCCAGAAGGACAAUGAAAAUGUCAAGGCAUAUUUCAAACGGGCAAAGGCCCAUGCUGCUGUCUGGAAUGACAAGGAGGCACGAACAGACUUUCUGAGGGCGGCCCAGCUGGAUCCUUCACUAGCUGCCGCUGUGAGGAAAGAAUUAAAACUCCUGGGGGAGAAGAUGAGGCAGAAAUGUGUGGAAGAGCGCAAGAGGUAUAAGGAAAUGUUUGACUGGCCUGUAUCUAAAGGGGAAACUGAAAUGGGAACUGGUGAGGAGACAAAGUGGCUUUCUAAGGGGCAUGAGGAGGUGCUGGACAAUAAACUUGGGGCCCCAGUAGAAGAAAGUAGGCCAGAAGUCCUGAAGACUGAGAGGGAGGUGGACUGGCAGGGGGUAGGUGAAAAGGAUGGAGAAACAGGGCAAAGAAAUUGUGAUGAAGAAGAGACAGGAGAACUCAUAAGAAACAAAGGGGAAAUGGACGAGGAGGACUCUGCACUUCAGACAGAACAGGGAGAGAUGGUAACUAAAACUGGAGAUGAAGAGCAAGAGAGCCAAGCUCAACAAAAGGACCCUAGUUAUUCUGGGGAAGAGAAGGCAAGACAUGAAACCGGUAGGCCCAACCAGCAGUUUGGGUUUGGGGAAUGGGAACCAAAGGACCCUAGUUCUUCUUGGGAAAAGAAGACAAGAUGUGAAACCUCUAGCCCCAACCAACAGCUGCAGUUUGGAGAAUGUGAACCAAAGGACCCUAGCUCUUCUUGGGAAGAGAAGGCAAGCUGUGAAACCUCAAGACCCAACCAGCAGUUGGGGUUUGAGGAAUGGGAACCAAAGGAAGAGCAAGAAAAAGCAGAAGAUACAAUAACGUUUGGGGCACAGGAACAAAAUGGACGGCUAGGUUUUGCAACACUGAAGGAACAGCAAGGAAAACUCAUUCACAGAUAUUCUGGGAAGGAAGCGGAGGGAACUUCAGAACAUUUCUUGUUCAGCACAGGGGACAUGUUUAACCAAGGAUGUUAUGAGGCAAAGGGGAGUUUCCUGGGAGCAGAGAGGGAAGACAAUAAAGCUAUAUGGGGGAAUGGAGAAACCCAAGCUGGAGAGUAUUCUAGGCCCCUGGAAGACACAGGCUGGGCAGCAGACAAUGUCAAGGAAUGGGGAGGAGUGGAGAGUUCUGAGGAAAUUUUCGAAGAGGAUUUCUUCACGGCCCCUCAAGAAGGGUCCCAGGGAGAAGUAAGGGUGACAACAGAUCUGGGUUUGACGGGAGAGUCUUCCCCUGACUGGUGGGAUUGUGCAGAGCUAAGAGAAGAGACUUCCACUGCAGAGAAGGGAGAACACAGAGCAAAAAUAGAAUGGGAAGGAGAAGAAACUGAAACGGAUGAUCAUUCCAGUCCAAUGCAGGAGAUACAUGGAUAUGAGAAUGGCUGCUGCCCGGAGCACCAUGAAACAGGGACAGAGCCAAAAGAGAGAGUUACGGGAACAGAAACCCACAGGGAAGGGAUACAGGAUGAGAGCUCCAAGAGAGAGAUAAACCUUGGAGGAGAGUUUUCAUGGGAACAGAGAGGUGAAUUCAGAGAAGAAGCAGAUGGAUGGGUGAAUGAAAAAACAAACGUUGAGUGCAUCUUUGGGGCACAGGAAGAGAGGCCAGAGGAUGGAGUAGGCUUGGGAUGUCCGGAGGAUGAGAUGUGCUUUAACAUUGAGAAAUUCAAGGUAGGAAUGGGAGAGCAGGGUUCUGUCAGAGAUCAAGACAAAGAAGAUUUUCACUGGGAAUGGCCAGAGAAUACAGGAGGGAUAACACACCUGAGCUUAAAGGAAGACUCUCUCUCUCCCUGGAGUUGCAGAGAUGCAAUAAAAGAUGAAGGUGGAGACCCAGACAGUACCAGAGGUAAAGACACAAGCCAAGCAUGCUGUUCGCUGCAGUUGGCUGAGCCUGGAGUGAAAAGUGUGCCGAACGUUUGGGCCACAAAACAGCCCAGCCCAGUAGAGGAGGAAGCUUUAGGAAACAGGGAGUGAAGUAUAAAAUGUUAGGAUGUAUAUUGGUUGCUAAGACCUGCUGUGACUUUUGGGGUUGGACUCCAGUUGUCCUAGCUAGCAAUCUUUGCUGAAGCAAGCUCAGCUUCAGGCAUCCAAGUUCUAAGACCUGCAUUUGAUAACCCCACAUGGCUUUAGUAUUGUGAUUUCAUCUCGGAAAGAAUGGCCACAGCGGUUUAUACAAUUACAUUGCAUUUAACCAGAGAGCCCAAACAUGUGCAGGUCAUCUUUUCUUGGUCUGAUUGUGUCCCUUUCCUAUCUUAUGUCUUGCUGAGUUGCCAGCAGCAAAAUCUCCUCUAUUGGGUCGGCAUCUUUACCGGCUGUGCAACCUGAGCUCUGAAACAUAAGCCUCUUGCUUAUGUCAGGGACUCCAAAAGGAGGCUGCUGGAGAUGGUCAGUAACCUCUUCAGAGUUGUAGGUGGUUUGAAAGAGAAAUUGCUGCCUAUGAUGUAUUCUCCCACUGUUGCUUUCGGGCAAACGGGUUUUGUAUGCUGCAAUUGCAAAAAAGUGGUUUAGAAUGGUUGUUUUCUAGAGGCUGUAUGACUUGUCAAUUUAUGUUGGCUGGGCAGAAAGCAGGAUUUAUGCUUAGAAUAUGCAAAAGCUAGCUGCUUUGGCCCACGUGUUGUACUUUCAGUUUAGUGUUCAAAAGAUGCAUGUUGCUUAUUAAAAGAGUUACUCAGAUGAA